CAACCCUUGUAUCUCCUCUCCGAUACCGAAAAUGCGGUCGUCCGUGCGCCGUCCGAUCAUCUCCUCUCUCUUGUCUUCACUAUCUCUCCGCCGUAUAUCCAGCGCCGCCGCCGCAGAUCACUACCCAAAAAUCAUAUCAUCUCCGCCGCCGUUCUCCGAUGAACUCCCUGACCCUAUUCCACGAACCCGAACUCGAACUCCAUUGGAGAAACAGUUCGAAUCAUGGAUCAACAAUCUCAAACCAGGGUUCACUCCAGCUGAUGUAAACGAAGCCUUGAGAGCACAAACCGACCCCGACCUUGCCCUCGAUAUCUUCCGGUGGACCGGCCAACAACGGGGCUACAAGCACAACCAUGUCACUUACUUAAACAUGAUUAACAUUGCAGUCUCAAGUAAGCGUUAUCGCAUUGUGGAGACCCUAGUCGAGGAAGUUCUCGCUGGCGCUUGCCCGCCGAGCCUCCCUCUGUACAAUUCCAUGAUUAAGUUUUGCUGCGGUCGUAAAUUCUUAUUUAAUCGUGCAUUUGAUAUUUACAAGAAAAUGACAAAAUGUGAAGAUGCUAAGCCGUCAUUAGAAACUUAUAAUUUGUUGCUGAAUGCUCUUCUCAGUAAAUUUAAUAAGUUACAUGUUUGUUACGUGUAUUUACAUUCUGUUCGAUCAUUAGCGAAGCAAAUGAAGUCUUUUGGGGUGAUUCCAGAUACAUUUGCAUUGAAUAUGAUAAUCAAGGCUUAUUCUAAGUGUCUAGAGGUUGAUGAGGCUAUUCGUGUUUUUCGUGAAAUGGGUUUGUAUGGAUGUGAGCCUGAUGCGUUUACUUAUGGCUAUAUAGCCAAAGGGUUGUGCGAGAAGGGAAGAGUGAAUCAGGGGCUUGAGUUUUUUAAGGAAAUGAGGAACAAAGGGUUUAUUCCGAAAGGAUCUACUUAUAUGAUACUGGUUUGUAGUCUUGCUUUGGAGCAUCGCUUUGAGGAUGCCAGUGAGGUGGUAUUUGAUAUGUUGGAUAAUUCGUUGUCACCUGAUCAGCUUACUUAUAAAACAGUGAUGGAAGAAUUGAGUAGGGAAGGAAGAGGAAAUUAUGCAUUUGAACUUCUUGAAGAAUUUAAGAAGAGGGAUAGCUUAAUGAAUGAGAAGACUUACAAGUCUUUGUUGAAUACUUUAUAUUUUCUUAAUAAGGACUAAGUAUCUACUUUGAUAUGCUUAGGUUUUCAGUAUUGAUCAAUUGUCUUUUGGAAGUACAUCUUUUGCCGGCUUGAUGAAUGAGAAGUUGUUUAUCAGCAAUUAGAAUCAGAAAAACUAUCAGCAAUUAGAAUCGGAAAGGCAAGUCUUGCUGUUCAGAGUCAUCUUUUACACCAUAGUGCAUAUGAGGUUAUUGAGAGGGCUGCAAUAUGAGUUCCUUGUUCAAGGUAAAUCAAAGUGAACUUUCUUUGUGAAACUCUGCAUUUUCUACAAGUUUCAUGAUGAAGUUUGGGUUUGCCGAGCAUCUUUUUCUACAUUGCACCUUUGCAGAUGGUUCAUUAUCACUUCGCUGUGCUGGAAAGUCUUACAAAUUUGCUGAUUCAGUUGAAUACAAGGACAAGUGUUUGAUGAAAUGGGGUGAUUAUUCUUUGGCAGAUGGAUCUCAAACUAAUGCAAAAUAGCUUCUAACUGUUUGGAGCUGUGAAUCAGACACUAAAAUGAAGAAACACUUCGUUGAACAGUGAUUGACAGUACUUGAAGAAAAAGUCUGGCUGCUUGGAUAUCAUUAUGUAUUCAACGUAGGGCAUGGAAUGACAGUUUCAAGGGAAUAAGAGCCAGAAAUCUCAUGGUGCUGACUAACAUGAAAGGUUGGUCCAGGCAAAUAGCUGAUAUGUUGGAUACUUGUUGCUCAAUGCUUCCAUGAUGCCAGUCGAGAGUUGAGACUUGAGAGUUGGCUAAAUCAUGAAGUGUUUUGCAUCUGCCCGCGAACUGGCUUCUUGCUGCCAUAAUUAAUGAGAAUACAGUAGUCUUACCACAGGUAGCGCGACAUGGAGAGUGAGUAUCCAUAUAGCUGACCUCAACUUGGGAUUGAAACAUGAUAGUUGUUGUUGUAGGCUCACUCUUGGAUGCCUGUUCUCUCAAAUCGAGUUUGUAAUGCCGCUUGGCAGUUUUAUUUUUCAACUUUCGGACAAA